UAUGCUGCACUUAUGUUUCGAGGACUCUACCCUGACCAGAUGCAAAAACCCUGCCAAGAUUCUUAUGUGAUCAACGAGGCUCUGUUUUCAGGUCGUGAAAAGACAGCGCACUGGUUUAUGAUUUUUGAUGGGCACGGAUCCAGUGGACAUGAAUGCGCAUGGUAUUGUCGGGACAAUAUGGAGCAUGUUGCCGAUAAGAUCCUAGAGCAGGAACCUUUGAUUUCAAUUCCUGAUCUUCUUGUCAAAACAAACGAGACAAUGAACGAGCAGCUCCAUAGUAACUUCCAGAUCCAUUCAGAAGACUCCGGCAGCACAGCUGUUUCUGUCCUGACUGUCGAUACAACCUUGUACUGCUCGAAUGUUGGUGACUCACGUUCUAUCCUUGGCGUGCGCAACUCCCAAGGCAAAGCAACCUCGCCGUCACAGCCAUUGUCCAUAGAUCAAACGCUCUAUCGCGCGGACGAGCGGCGACGUGUUCUCGACAUGGGUGGGCGCGUCAUGUCCAUCGGGCAGAUUGAAGGUCGAGUGUCGAUGAGUUAUAAUUUUGAAUGUGAGUUAGGUGAUGAGAUUGAUCAAAAUGGUGACCCGCCACGGAUCUGGCUACCUGAGAAGUAUGAACCUGGCUGUGCUUUCUCCCGUAGCCUCGGUGACAAGACAGCCGAGGUUGUCGGGUGCAUCGCAACACCCGAAAUUGUGGCACACGAGCUCACAGAUAGAGACGUUCUAUGUGUGAUUGCCUCGGAUGGAGUCUGGGAAUUCCUUACCAACCAAAAUGUUGUAGAUAUCUGCUUGGUCGCUUCAGAUCCGCAUUGCGCUCGCGUCGAGAUUAUCGCGAAAGCGUACCAGGAAUGGUAUGAACAAGAGGAACGCAUCGAUGAUAUAUCUGUCGUUGUCAUG